AUGGCUUCUUCCACAAAAUUACACCCGGCUACCCUUGUUACUAACAUCAAAACUUGUGUUCCUAUUCAACUUGAUGAUGGACUUAAUCACAAUACUUGGGUUACUCUUUUUCAACUUCAGUGUCGAGGUAAUCUUGUCGACAAUCAUAUUACUUCCAAGGACUCAUUAAACACAUCGGAUGCUAAGGAUUCCGAGCGGCAACGUCUCAAUGAUAUUGUUCGCACAUGGAUUUAUAGCACUAUUAGUCCUUCUCUUCUUCCCUCUAUUGUUCGUCCCAAAGAUAGUGCUCUUGAUGCUUGGAAUCGCCUUGAAAACAAUUUUCAAAACAAUAGAACUUCCCGUAUCCUUCAUCUUGAAUCCCAAUUCAAUAAUCUCUCCCUUUCUAACUUUCCUCAUGUAAAAUCCUAUUGCAAUGAGCUCCAAAACCUUGCUACAACCCUUACUAAUCUUGGCACCACUAUCUCGGACAAUCGAUUAGCCCUUUAA